AUCUCUCAGAGCCUCCUUCCUUCUAUUCUCAAGUGUGGUUUCGAUAUGUACAGGGAAUGGCCACUAAAAAUAUUUCAGGAAUGACGUGACCCUCUCUCGCCCCAUUCAGGAACGGGACAAGGCUUUAGAAGAGGCAGCCCAUGCUUUCUUUUCAUUUCUGGAAGUUCAGGGGUCGACCUACGGAUGCUGCUGCUUCCGGGGCUGAUGGCACUCGGGUCUCUGGCGGCACACGGUGCCAGGUCAGCUGCUGGACAGGAAGGCUCAGCUGCAGAAGGCUGGCCGCGGUCUCAGCCGGAGCCGCGGCCCCCCGGUGUCAGAGCCCCUCUGCCGCCUGGUCCCUCCGCCUGGCCCCGGCCAAGACACCGGGGCUGAAAUCCUUGCAGGCGGCAGCAGAGCCCGAGGUGCUCGCAGCCCCCGCCCACGGGGCCUCACUGUCCCUCCAGGGCAGCUCUGGCACCUUGUACCGCCUCUUCCUAUCUCCGGGAGCCAGGAAAGGACUCAGCAUGGAAGACACUGGCCGGGCGGCAGCAGGAGACCCGGCGAGCGGCGCUGGGGACCCUGAGGGGCAGCCGCCAGAAAACGCCCCGGAGACGGAGACGGGUGCGCGGCAGGGGAGCCCCCGGGCCGCGGCCCUGCCCACCAAGCCCGCUUCUCCCCUGGCCAGCCCCGCUCCUCCGGACUCAGGGCGCCGCUGCUCCUCCACCUCUACCUCCUCCUCCUCCACAGCAGACGCAGCGGAAGACCGCGGCCUCCCCGAGGCGCUCGGCUCCCCCGCGUCCCCCGGGGCGCCGGCCACCUCCUCAUCCUCCCUGGGCUUCGACAGCGACGGCGAGGCGGCCGGGGGAGGGGCGCGGGGGCGCGCGGGAGGACCGAGCGGCGGGGGCGCGCGAGGCCCCCCCGGGCACGAGGACGCGCACUACAUCACCACGCGCGGGAUCCAGCCGAGCGAAGUGGAGCAGGACGCCGACUUCGACGUGGGGCUGGCCGCCCGCUGGGACUUCGAGGACAACAACGUGAUCUACUCCUUCGCGGACUACGCCUCCUUCGGCGGCAGCGACGAGACCCCAGGGGACGUCACCACAGCCACCGAGGAAGACGAGGACAACAGCUGCUACCUCAGCACCCCGCCCAGCCCCGUCGCCCCGCGCUCGCCCAGCCCGGCCAGCAGCGACCCCGGGCGCGCGCGAGCUAUAAAGGCGCAAGUCCCGGGGCGCGCCCAGCAGAGCCCCGCGCGCGCCGCCGGGCGUGCGGGCGCCAUGAGCCUCCGCGCUCCGGCGGCAGCGGCUCGCUUGCAGCCCCGCGGCGGGGCCGUGCGCGCCCGGGAACCGGCCGACCGUUCCAGCGGGGCCUCCAGCGCUGUGAGCGAGCUGGACGACGCGGACCAGGAGGUGCGCAGUCUCACGGCGCGCGCCUUCCGCAGCCUCGCUUACCCCUGCUUCGAGGCGCUGCGUGUCAGCUCGCGCGAGUCCUCAGUCGCACUCUCCGAGGCCGGCUUCGGACGCUGGUCCACCUUCUUGGACCUGAAAUGUGGCGGUGUUGGUGCACGCGUGGAGCAGAGCCUUCGGGGCAGUGCGGCGGGCGCGGCCGCGAGGCUGAGGCAGGAUGGAGCGGAGCGGCCGCGCGCGCAGGCCCGGAGGUCGCAGAGCAAGGCGCUGGAGUUCGUGGUCAGUAAGGUGGAGGGGGAGAUCAAGCAUGUGGAGACGCCGCUGUGUUUCCAGGACGGGCCACGCGUGGUUACAGUGCUGGAGCCGCUGGGUUUACGCAGUGAGAGCAAGACCACCGCCGGAGUAGGGGGCGCCCCCGCCCGGAACAACGCCGCCCCCCGCGCCGAUGGCGCGCACUCCAAGUCCACGUUUGCGUCCAGCCUGCUCAAGAAUGUUAUCUCUAAGAAAAUGCGGCGCGAGCACGAGUUCCGCAUGGAGCGUGGCGAGGUCGGCGACACGUCCUCAGAGCCCGAGGCCGGUCCGGGGCCCGAGCGCGCGCGCGGCCUGCAGAGGCAGAGCUCGCGCGUGUCAGAGGCGGGCUCUGAAGUCUCGGGCGGCGGGGCGCGCUCUCCCGUAUUCCAAGCCCGUGCGCCCCGCGAGGCCGGAAGGGUACCGUCAGACAGCGGCUCCCAGGGUGCCCUGUUGCGCAGCCGGAACAGCGCGUUCCGCUCCUGGGGGGACCAGGACCCCGCGGCGCCCGAGGAGGACGUGAACGCCGGCGAGAGGUCCGGGCCGCGCGCGGCGGGGGAUUGGAGGGCGGACCUUGGGGAGAUCUCCGCCGGCAAGGCCACCCUCAUGUCUCGCCUCUUCGUGCCCGGCAUCCAGCAGGCGCCCAAGGACAGGCCGCCGGGGAAGCAGGCUACCAAGCACGCGGCCGCACAGGGACCCCCGGCCGCCGCCCGGGCCCGGGCCCCCGAGAUCAAGAUCCGGCUCGGCAGCGUGCGGCAGCCAGGGGCUGACUUCAGCAUCGCGCAGCUGCUCACACCGCGGCUAGCAGGCGGCGCCCCCAAUCCCCCCAGAGCUGGCGACGAUGGAGGCAGAGCGCCACCCAGGGCGUUCCGUGGGGAUGGUCUGGACAAGGUGCCUCAGUUCCAGGUGCGGGACGUCAGGGACAAGUCCAAGGCUCAGGGCCCACUCCACCAGGUGAGAGACGUGAGGAAGCUCAUCAAAGGAUCUGGUGACAGCGGCGACAAAGGCAGCGUCACGCCAGAGCAAGGGCUGGCGGCGCCCCGGCCGCACAGGUCGCUGUCGCCCGUGGUGAUCACAUGCCAGGCUGUGACGAACCGCAAGGACGAUGGCACGGGCCGCACGCCAGGGCAGGGCACGGCGUGCGGCGGGGCGGCGGGCGCGACCUCCCCCGAGGGCACCGUCCUGGUGCACCGCGCGUCCGGCAGGCUGCCUGUGGCCACUAUCGCGCCCAACAAGCCUGAGCAGGGCUCCUACCUUCCUGUGCUCAAGAUCGUCACCAAGGCCUCGGCCCGGAGGAGCCCCGAACGGCCCCGCGACGAGGACGCGCGGGAGGAGCGCAGGGCCGCGGCCCCGGCGCGCGGUGCCUUGGAAAAGCUGACGGCCGCGGUGCGGUCCAUGGAGGAGCGGUACAGCCUGGGCGCGAGCUCUUGGAAGCGCAGGAGUGACCCCCUGCCAGGGAUGGCCGACAGCCACGUGCUGCCGCUCAUCGCCAGUGAGGAGAGGGACGCAGCGGCGGCGCGGCGCGAGGGAGACCCCGGAAGGCAGACGAGGCCCGCAGGGGAAGCAGAGGCGCGCAGCCCGGCAAGCAGGACCCUGCGGCGCAGGAACUCCAACCCCGGCGCCGACAGCGUGUCCGCGCGCGCCGCCGCCUUUGAGAACCUGGCGCGAGAGCGGCCGCGGUCCCUGUACGUCCCUGCGGGAGCCGAGCGCACCCAGCCCCUCGCUCCGCUGCCUGGCGGCCGACAGGUGUCCACAGUGAGCGCCACUGGGGGUGUCGCUGGCAAGUUUCCUCAGGGGUCCUCUGCGGACAGCAUCAAGCCUCAGGACACCCGAUCGCCCAAACCUUCUCUGUCCACCCAGGCGCCCCCCGACGAGGCGGCCACCCGGAAGGGAGGUUCCGCUCCGGAGAAGGUCACUGGCGACGGUGAUAACUAUCUGGCUGUGCCCCUACGAGCCGAUCCGCCCGGCUCCUCCGCGACCUCCCUCUGCAGCCUGCCCCCACUGAGUGCCCGCAGCCAGGCCCCUGGGAGUCCCAAGGGCGCUCUGGUCAGCGGGACCGGCCGUCCCGCCUGGCGCACCAAGCCGGAGCGCCCCCGGGAGGCUGCAGCCGCUCCCGCAGGCCCGCGCAGCCCUGAGCGCGCUCCCACGGCCGUGUAUCCGCAGCCCCCGCCCUUCCCACUGGGCGCACAGGCACAGGUGCUCUGCUUCUCCCCGCCCGGCCUGCCUGGCCCCUCAGGCCCUGCCGGGGUUCCUGCUGGGGUCACCGCCGAUCCCUUUCCGCAGCCGGCGGCCCCGCAGACGCAGCGCAAGAUGCUGCUGGACGUAAGCACGGGUCAGUAUUACCUGGUGGACACCCCCCUACAGCCCGCCACGCGCCGGCUCUUCGACCCCGAGACCGGGCAAUACGUGGACGUGCCCAUGACCUCGCAGCAGCAGGCUGUGGCGCCCAUGUCGCUGCCAGUGCCGCCCCUGGCACUGAGCCCUGGAGCCUAUGGGCCCACCUACAUGAUCUACCCCGGCUUCCUUCCCACUGUGCUGCCCGCUGGCGCUCUGCACCCCACGCCCAUUGCGCACACGCCGGGGGGUGGCGAGCUCACUGUAGCCUCUCAGUCUCCCAGCAAAGAGGUGGCGACUGGGGCGGCUUUCCCCGAAGCGCCCUACUUUGUGGCCGCCGGCCAGUCCCCAGCCUCCCCGUCCUCCUCGGCCCCUUCGGCCGCGGCGCAGCUCGUGGGGGCCAAGGGCUUCACCCAGCUGCACCCCAAACCGGUCAUCAGCAUCACCUCGCAGCCCCUGGGGCCACGCCUCGUCGCCCCGCCCUCCUUCGAUGGCACUACCAUGAGCUUCGUGGUAGAGCACAGAUGACCAGAGCACCAGAGUGGAUGAGCAGCUGCUGGAGCAAGACAGAAAUACGACUUGAUCUGAAAAUUGCAUCGUAAUAAGAAUUCAUCUGAAAAAGCUCUUUCUUGUGUAUAAAUUUUAAUUUUUGCCUCUUAUAAGCUGUGUGUAAGUUGAUAUAUUUUCCUAAACAACUCUCUUAAGCCAGUUUUUAUUAUUUCAGUUUUAGGAAGGUGCUUGAUUACAUCUCCCCUGUACAACCAUUUCUUUUUGUAUUUUAAUGCAGGAUUUUGCUCUCUGCUCCCUACCCCAAUCCUGCACUAUUAGGCGGAGACCCCUCGAAGUAUACAUGGUUCAGCCACACAACCAACCCCACAUCAGAAUGAAACGGGCUCUGUGCAGACCAAGACAGCAAGUCAGGCAUUUGGGUCACAAUUUGCCUCAUAGGUUCUAGGACUCAACCGAGCCUGACCCGCAGAGUCUUCACCCACAGCAGUAGGCUUUAAAGACGCUAAGUCUGCACUGAGUCCCCAUCAGCCAAAUCUCACUCUCGGUUGCACUCUGUCUGUCCUUUUACCAGGCUUCGCUUGAUUUCAGGUGUAAUUGUGAAAACUGCUGGUUUUAACUUUUGUGCUGUUUUAAUUUUUCCUAUUUGUACAAUGCCAGGACACUGUUUGUUGCCCUGAAAUAGGAGGGCUUGAGAUACUGGAAGACUAUCAGUGCUGACUGAUACAGUAGUUGCACUUAAAAUUAUACUGUUAGUCUGAAAAAGGUGUGAGUAUGUUUUCCUCUUCAGAAUCGAACCUUUGUCAUGAGCUCAUAGUUUUAUCUUCUUCAGUGAUUUCCUCUGGUUGUGGCUCCCCUCGCUCGGGUCCUCUGGGGUAUGGAGUGCACCCUGUGGGGAGAGUAGUGUGUGGGCCUAUGCUGUCCCAGCAGCAGUGACCUAGCAUGACUUCUUGUGAGGCAGUCCUGCAGGAUGUGAGCGGUCAGAUCUCAGGUCUGCGCUGGCCCUGGGUGUUGCCCUACUUGUCACCCUUCUGAGGGCUGUCGGAGAGAGUAUUCCCUUGUGUCCUGGAGAGUGGUUGAACAGAUGCCUGUUUAGCCUGUUGUGAUCAAUAAUUUCGUCACUGUAUACUCAGCCGACAUUGUCAAAAUAUUCUUUAUUACUUUCUAAAGGAGUAGCCCUUCAAAACUUGAACAUUUUCCUAAGAUUUGUUCAUGGAAUCUCUUUCUUACUUGUUUAAAGCAUUGAAAUAAUUUGUGAAAAGCGUUGUUUUGAUUUUAGUGAUCAUCCAUGCUUAGUUUCUGCUUAAAAUUUCUCCUCAAAGCCAUAGAAAUUUAUGCUGCUCUCAAGUAUGGUUUAUAUACUUUUAUUAUGUUGAGGUCAUGCUUCCCACCCAGGCUCUUUUAAAAAACACUCGAUUUAACUUUAAGGUCCCUCUCUACAGGGAUUUCACUCUUUAAAACAAAGCAAGUCCUCCUGGGUAAAGAGAAAGAUCUGAGCAGGAAGUCAGCUCUGGCCACUGUCACUCACUUGCUGGGCCGAGGAGCAGUGACACAGAGCGAAGCUUUACUCUCUGUGAGCCAUGACACACAAUGCUUCGUCUCUGUAUAUAGGAGAGAUGCCAGGAAUAUGCUCUCUUUACCUAGAAAUUUUAGCUGGGCACCUGAAUAGAUUCACUCCAGAAUGUCCUUGAUUUUUCAUCAUUAGUGAAAAAUUCCUCUGGGGAGGAAUUGGCCAGUGUGAGGCUACUUCAUACGCAAAUAGGAAAUUAGAAGCCACUUCAGAGAUCCUACGUCUAUACCACUCAAACAGCACUGUGAAAUCUCAGGUAUCUGUCUGAACAUGACUCUUGAGACUGUUAUAGGAUGGACAGCACCUGAACUAGUACACCUGGUUUAAAACCCACAUUGCUUGGGAAACCCCAGUGGCUAUGCUGAAUCCUCUCCUUUUGUAAAAAAAAACACACAUGAGAACGGACACUAUGGACCCACAAAUGACCACCAUCACCAGCAGAUGCAAGCCUUAAAUUCACACACUGAGGUAAACCAAGGUAGAAAGUGGGAGAGAAAGAGCUGUUCAUUGUUUUGGUUUUUAUCUAAGAGGCUGAGCCAUUUGGGAAGUUGCCAAAUAUAUAGAAAUUGUUCAAGUGUUCUUUCUGUGUUCUAUACUAGCUAUUGAUAUUUUGGAGUUCUCUGUGCCAUAAAACCUUGCAAAGCUGCUAGGCUGCUCACUACCUCAGUCCCCGGGGAAAGAACAUCUUGGUGGCCGUGGAGUAAAUCUCAGCCUCACGUAUCACCUUGUCAUUUCUUGAGGCUGUGUAGACAUUUGAACAAAGUAGUCAGAACAAAAUAAAACAAGUCAGUGAAGCCCUCUGAAACAAAACUAUUAACCUCGGCAAUGUCCCUUUCACUACUGAACUGCCCUUUUAUGACUUACAUACAUGAAACUCCUAAAGCAGCAUGUCCUCAGAGAGCCUCGAGCUUGCAUUUGAUCAGAUUGCAGAGUCGGGUUUUUGUGCUUUCCUCCUCUCAGGGAUUCCCAGGCAGCUCAGUUUUCCUAAGAACCACAGGACAAACUAUAGAAAUCUUGACCUAUUUUCUUCUCUUUUUCCCUAUCUGUAAAAGGUUUAUGUUUAGAUAGACCCUCGAAUUUUUCUGGAAAAUUGCACACAUACGUAACCAGGAUGAACAUUGACUUCACUGGAAUGUAUUUUCUUGAAAACACUCAUUGAACUCACCCUCAGGAUCUAAGGAAGCUCAGAUAUGCAGAUAGUGACUUAGCGUAUAUGCUCUCUAGAUAACUUGUCACUGAGUAAAUGAGCUAAUAUAAAUUAUACUCUGACAACUUUGUGAUAAAUCUCAAAUAUUACACCUGCAUUUCAAAUCUAUCAUUAUUUCAUUAAUGAAACAUUUCUUUCUCUUCAUUUCUGACUUGACUUUGUCAUACUUGCCUCUUAAAAAGGCCAGCUGCAUUUUGAUUGUCUUCAUCUAUCACAGAAACAGACAUCUGUGUUUGCUCUAAGUAGAAUGCUCAUGCUACCUGAAAUGAUAUUUGGACUGCAGGACAGUACUGAUGCCUAAGCAGGCUAACUAGGUUAAUCUCACGAUAAGUCUAUAUAUGUGUAUAGGGAAAUACAUUCAAUAAUAGUCUGUAUUUAAAAGUACCAUAGCAUACAUUUUCCUAUGUGGUGCUUGAGGAGUUUCAUUCUACAGUUUACAAGGUGUAGAUUUGCACCCCAAAUUCUCAGGGUAUGUUAUUUUACCCAAAUACUUGAAUGAAAAAGGUGCCCUAUAUGUUAUCAGUACUUUUGAGGGGAAACAUUAUGUGUAAGUUUGUUUGAUAAAACUAGUUAUAAAAAUCAAAGCCAUAAGCUGUUUGGCUUUUACAUAAUUUCUAAAAAGAUAUAUGUAUACAUAGAUAAGAUAUAUUUUCAAGAGAGUGCUUUUAUUCUUUAACUUCUGGGUCCCAAGUAGACCUCACAGGUGCAUAAACUCAUUAAUAAAGCAUGUAGCAUUUGCUAAAUGGUGAGUUGAGCUUGAAUGUAAGCAGGAUUGCAGACCCUGGUCUCCAGAAAGAAUCUGUGGCUGUCUGCCACAUGUGUGACAAUAGAGUGCAGAGGAGGAUUCUGAAAAUUGCCCUCCUUCAUGGGCCCCAUGUCUCAAAAGAGAACGGAAUGUUCACAGGCUCAUUUGUAAGCUUUUGACCUUCAGUGUUUCAUGUUGUGACAAGAGGACAUUACCAGACGUAUUCCUGUUCAGUUCAUAAUGGUGCAGAAUAACACACACACACACACACACACACACACACACACACACACAGAGUUUGAUUUUUUCUAACUUUCUGAUUUUUUUUUUACAAUCUAUUGUUAAUGACAUAAAAUCCUUGCCAGGGCUCCCUGAUAGCCCUCCUGUACCCAUUUUCUAGGAGGUGGUCCUUUUUCUCAUCCCUUUGAAGAUGUGUGUCCCUGUAUUUACAUACGGAUUGUAUUAUUGUAUGGCAGAGUGGUGGCUGAAAAGAACGUGAAGACAGUAGAAGCUGUGUAUGAGUAGAAGAGAGUGUGUUGUGUGACAAAUAAGAAAGGACAGUGGAUAAUGCUGAAUUCCAAUCUAGUGUAUGGAGAGAAUGUGAAAUUUUCAAAGCAUCAAUGUAAAACUUGGUGGAAAAGUGUUCACCUGGGUUUGACAUGGUUCAGUAAUAAACCGAAGUGAGCUUGACUAAGGAAACUUCAGGUCCAGUUCACCAGCUCUGGAGUUGUGUUUUCAGGGAGUUGCACGUGGAGAAACUACUGAGCAGGAUUCUGUGACACUAGCCUACUGAACUUUAAUUGCCAACGUUUAUAAAAUGAUUGUGCAAAUCUUGUGCAUUGGUUUAUUUUGAUUGUUUUGAAUAAAAGUUUUGUUUUUUUCCAGUAAAAGUAAUUACAAAGAAAA